ACUUUCUCCCUGAACAUUGAAAACUUAUCAAGAAUUCAGAAUUUCCAUCUUGUCUCAUCUUUUGUUUUCCAUUCUUCUCAUCAAGUAUCACAUUUUCCCUCUUCUUUUUCAAUUCAUUCUCAAUUUGUUCCUUCUCAAGUGAAUAUUAAUUGUUCCAAUUUUUUAAUUGUUCUUUUCAUUCAUAACACAAUUACGAUUAACCCUUUGGACCUUUCGACCAAUUAAUUAUCAUGUAUACAUCUUCAAUCUCAUCGACGACAAACUCAUCUUCUUAUUAUCAUGUUUCCACCAAUGCAAAUAUAAGUUCAUCAUCUUCAUUGAUCAAUAAAGUUCUUGUUCAGAUUGAUUUUGAGGUAUUCGGUGAUUUCUCAGGAGUUUAUUUCACCAAGUAUGCCAAGGAAAUGAGUGAGAAACUUGGACUCAAGGGUUGGGUCAUGUUGUCCCGCCGAGGAACAGUAAUUGGCCAGAUUCAAGGAGAAAAGGAAAAAAUUGAUGAAAUGGCUUUAUGGUUGAGACUCCAAGGAAGUCCAGGAUCACGAAUAGAACAUGCAAACUUUACCAAUUGGCAAAUAAUUGAUUCCAUCACUUAUCGUAAUUUCAGUAUUCGUUUCUAAAUCAUAUUUUGGAAUUAAUGUUAUUUUAAUUCUCUUGCAUCUACUUUAAUUGUUAAUCUAUUCCCUUUUCCUGAUUAUCUGUUGAAUAUCAUAAAGCAAUUUACUGAUUCAAUCAGUUUCAUGAUCAAACGAAAUUGUGUCGUCUAGUCAAUUUGCUCUUUACGAUUAAGAUUAUUAAAUUUCCAAUUAUCCUUUG